CUCUUUUCACACCAAUGCUAGACGACUCCUCUGUCGCUCUCGCCGUCUUUCCUUCCGUUCCUCUCACUCUCCAUUGGUCGACUUCAGCCUCUGUCGUCGGAGGACACCUGCUUCAGUACCUACUCUAGCCAGUCAGACAGUCAGUACGGCUCGCCGCCGCGUGGCUGGUCGGAGGAGAUGGAUGAGUACGGCCACACGCUGUACGUCAGCGACUAUACAAACGAGAAGUGGUUAAAACACGUUGAUGAGCAGGGUCGGCCUUAUUACUACAGUGCAGACGGCUCCAGGUCAGAGUGGGAGCUGCCAAAGUACAACCUCUCUCCUCCUCAGCCAUCAGGAGAUGCUACUAAAAGUCGCAGCCUGGACAGGAAACACAUGGAGCCCAUCGUCCUGACCAAAUGGAGACACAGCUCGCACGUCCAAGAGCCUAACGAAAAGCGGCUGUUAAAAACCAGACGUUUCCGCGCAGUCUCUGCCCGUCUCCACCCGUACAAACACAAAGACGCUCCUCUGGGCCCUGUGCCCCCCUCUCCUGAUUCUGACUCCUGCCCUUCGUCUCCCAAGUCCCCCACCUCUCCGUCUGAAAAGUGUGGGGUCCUGAAUGUGACAAAGAUCACUGAGCACGGCAAGAAAGUACGGAAGAACUGGACGUCCUCCUGGACGGUCCUGCAAGGAUCCACUCUGCUGUUUGCUAAAGGACAAGGAGGUGGAAGCAGUUGGUUCGGAGGCAAUCAGUCCAAACCUGAGUUCACUGUGGAUCUGAGGGGCGGCUCGGUGGAAUGGGCGUCCAAGGACAAAUCCAGCAAGAAGAACGUGAUAGAGCUGAGGACUCGGCAGGGAACAGAUCUGCUGGUCCAGUCAGACACUGACACCAUCGUCAACGACUGGUACCGAGCGCUGCAGGAGACCAUCAGCACCCAUGCCUGGGAGUCUGAUGAGGCCAUUGAAGAGGACAUGCCUGAGUCUCCUGGUUUUGAGAAAGGAGACCGGGACAAAGAACAGAGAGAUUCAAAGAAAGGCAGAGCGGCCAUGAAGAACUCCACCAGCGUGGAUUCCCCUGAGAGCAAGAAGACCAGACACAAGCUGAAGAAGUUACUCUCGCGACGUCCGACCCUGCAGGCCGUCAGAGACAAGGGAUACAUUGAAGAUCAGGUGUUUGGCUGCAGUUUGGCCAUUUUGUGUCACAGGGAGAACAGCACGGUGCCGAGCUUUGUGAAGAUGUGUAUCGACCAUGUGGAGAACAGCGGUCUGUGUGUGGACGGGCUGUACAGAGUGAGUGGAAACCUGGCUGUCAUACAGAAACUACGCUUUCUUGUCAAUCACGAUGAGAAGGUGAACCUGGCAGACAGGAAGUGGGAGGAUAUCCAUGUGACCACUGGAGCUUUAAAGAUGUACUUCAGAGAGCUGCCGGAGCCUCUCUUCACCUACUCUCUCUUCAAUGACUUUGUCAGCUCCAUCAAGAUUUCAGACCAAAAGCAGAGAGUUCACUCCAUCAAAGAUCUGGUCAGACAGCUGCCCAAGCCCAACCACGACACCAUGCAGGCCCUCUUCAAACACCUCAGGACGGUGAUCGACCACGGUGAAGAAAACCGAAUGACCACCCAGAGCGUGGCCAUCGUGUUCGGACCCACGCUGCUGCGACCUGAAAUUGAGACCUGGAACAUGGCUGUCCACAUGGUCUACCAGAACCAGAUCGUGGAGCUGAUACUGAUGGAGUAUGAGAACAUUUUUGGAAGGUAGACAGAAAGAAGAUGCCAGAGGACAAAGCCUAUGUAUACAUUUGUCUCUCCCAAUGCAGAGCUCCUCCCAGCACAGCCCGGCUCUGCCCGGCCCGGGGGUGAGGGGCGGCGGCUUAAUCUUCAUCUCAAAACCAACCUGCGCUCACUGGCUUCUCCGAUCUUCCAAAAAAACAAAAAAAAAGAAGCCAAAGCCAACGCAAACAUCUCAUAAACCCAAAUAAAGAUGUAACUAACUAGCGACCAAAAAAAGUUUUGCACUUUUUUCAGCAUCACCUUUUCUCCUGUAGCUGCAGAGGCGACGUCCUCCUGUCCCGACACUGGAUUCUUAAAAGUAACGACACGCGGGUCAAACACGCCUCUACUACUGCACAGACUGACUGAGCAACAACGAGCCACAUUCGUAACACGGGAGGUGUCAGAGUUGGUUUAUGACGCUGUUUGUAUCGUACUGUAAAACCCAUUUGUUGACCCAUCACUCCUGAGGAAACGACAGAAUAAACCAAACUGCUCUUUAUCCUCUGCUCCACUUUCCAUGUUUUAACACUAAGAGGUGAAAGACGUUGGAGCUUGACCAAGGAGAAGAAGGGAUAUGAGGGCUUUUUUUUAUUUUUUACUUUAAAGAACACUUUUGUCUCUUUCUGUGUCGAUCUCGUUCUGUUUUUUAAUUUGAAAUGCUGUGUUCUCCUCCCUCCUCUUUCUCUCCCUUUUCCUGGACCGGGGUCCUCAGAACACGUAAGAGGUUAUCACAACUCUCUGUAUUAUAUCUGCAUGCCACCUUCAACAUUCAGCUUGUAGAACAAAUCAUCUCGCAGCGCUCAGACCAUCGACUUGAAAACAAAACAACGGUACUCAGCUGUUGCUUUCCUCGUCCAUCUGACAUGAAAUGUUGAGGCUCGCGGCCGUUAACAUGACUCCAUGGAUACAUUUGUACAGUGUAUAUGUGUGUGCAUGUGGAUGGGGCGGGUGGGUGGGUGGAUGAAUGGAUUUACUGAUGAUAUAUUGUAUAAAAUAGUAAAUAUAAGUACAUUUGCCUGGAGUGUUAAAGAGAAGAGGGAGAGGGAGAAAUCACUGCCGAGGAGUAAAGUGAUGAAGUGGGGAUGUGGAGGUUUACCUGUGAAUCAGGUAGAUGGAAGAUUGUGAAUGUAACUUUGCAAAGAAAAUGAUGUGUUGGCUUUAUCAAACUGAAAUAAAGGCCUGGAAUAUAUAAGAA